AUGAAGUUACCAGCAGGAUAUGGAUGUGAGACCACCACCAAUGGGGAUGAGACAGUACAUAAUAAUGCUGAUACUGCUGCUGCUGCUGCUGCACACCAGUCUGAUACGACUGAUACUACUCAACAUUUGACGUCUCAAAUGCAGCAUUAUCAUCAUUUACCCGUAGCAGUGGCUGUUUCCAUGACAAAUACCGUCUCUAGUCCCGAUCUGACACGUUCUACCUCAUCUGCUCGUCGAAAGACGGCGCAUCAUUUUUCAUUUCGUACACUCAUUGGAUCAAAUCAUCUUCGUUUGGCUGAUUAUGCGGGGAAACCUAUUCUCAUUGUAAAUGUAGCCUCACAUUGUAACUCAACUACGAAAGCCUACUUGCAGCUGAAUGAGUUGGCCAAACAGUUUCCAGACCUUGUCAUCAUUGGCUGUCCUUGCAAUCAAUUUGGUCAUCAGGAGAAUCUUAAUGGUGAUGAAAUUUACCAGAGUUUACGACAUGUUCGUCCUGGAAAAGGCUUUGAACCAGCUUUUUACCUCACGGAAAAAGUCGAGGUCAAUGGUGCCAAUGCCCAUGCGCUUUUCAAUUUUCUGAGAAUUACACUACCCUAUCCAUGUGAUCGUACGUUGCUGAAUGAAAUGUCGGCACCCAGCGGUGUCUUUUCCCACCCGAUGCGACUCAUUUGGAUGCCCGUCACUCGUGCAGACGUGAGCUGGAAUUUUGAAAAGUUCCUCAUUAGUCCGGACGGCACGCCGUACAAACGCUACAGCCCUCAGCUCGAUUAUACUGGAAUGAUCGAGGACAUUAAGUUCCUGUGCAAAGUGGAUCUGUCGACUCAGAAACAGCUAUAA